CAACAACUCUGAUAGGCUUUACUGAUAACAUUGUUUACUAGUUCUAGUGACAUUGGUCUGACCAACUUAAAUAUAGCCAGACAAUCCCAAUGUCUUUAUAAUUGGUUGUAUUGAUAUUGAAGUUUUUCAAUUAUUUGUGAAAAAAGAACUUGAUUUUCAAAAUGACUGAGGGCAAUAAAUUAUGGGGUGGCCGUUUUACUGGAGCUGUUGAUCCAUUAAUGGAGAAAUUUAAUGCAUCUAUUCAUUUUGACAAGAGAAUGUGGAAGGCUGACCUUCAGGGAAGUAUGGCUUAUGUUUUAGCUCUACAUAAAGCUAACCUAAUCACAGCUGAGGAGAGAGAGGAUAUUUAUGAAGGAUUAUUAAAGGUUAGCCAUGAAUGGGAAGCUGGCACCUUUGAAAUCAAGCCUGGGGAUGAAGAUGUGCACACAGCUAAUGAAAGGCGACUAAAGGAACUGAUUGGCCCAGUUGGAGGUAAGCUGCAUACCGGACGUAGUCGCAAUGAUCAGGUGGCCACUGACAUGCGACUUUGGUUUGUUGACAAGAGUAGAACCUUGAUCAAGUGCAUCACAGAACUUGUUGGUGUCAUGAUAGAGAGGGCUCAAGUAGAAAUCGACCAACUUAUGCCUGGUUACACUCACCUUCAGAGAGCCCAGCCCAUCCGUUGGAGCCAUUGGCUUCUCAGCUAUGCAGUAAUGUUACAGAGAGAUGUGGACAGAUUAUUGGAGAUCAGAAAAAGAACAUCAACAUUGGUCUUAGGCAGUGGUGCUUUAGCAGGGAACCCAUUCAACAUUGAUAGAGAGCUUUUGAAGCAAGAACUUCAUAUGGAGAGGAUCUCACUCAACAGUCUGGAUGCUGUCAGUGAUAGAGACUUUGUUGCGGAAUUUUUGUUCUGGGCAUCUUUGCUGGGUGUACACUUAAGCCGCUGGGCUGAAGAUCUGAUUUUAUAUACCACAAAAGAAUUUGGGUUUGUGACUCUCUCGGAUGCUUACAGCACAGGCAGCAGCUUGAUGCCUCAGAAGAAGAACAGUGACAGUCUAGAGCUGAUCAGAGGAAGGUCUGGGAGGCUGUUUGGUAAUUGUUCAGGCUUCAUGAUGACCUUGAAAGGAAUCCCUAGCACUUAUAACAAGGACCUUCAGGAAGACAAGGAAGCCAUGUUUGACACCUAUGAUACAGUUUGUUCAGUCCUACAGAUUGCUACUGGAGUCCUGUCAACACUUAAGAUACAUCCUGACAAUAUGGUGAAAGCUUUAAGUCCUGAUAUGUUGGCUACAGAUGUUGCUUACUAUCUAGUCAGAAAGGGGUUGCCUUUCCGUGAAGCCCAUGGCAUGGCUGGUUUGUGUGUAGCAUUGGCUGAGAAGCAGAACAUCUCAGUGUCUCAGUUAUCCCACAAAGACUUCCACUCAGUCAGUUCACUGUUUGAAGAUGACAUCACCAAAGUAUGGGAUUACAACACCUCAGUAGAGCAAUACACUGCUGCAGGCGGCACCUCUAAGUCAAGUGUCAAGUAUCAAAUUGAGCAGCUCAAGUCCUGGUUGGAAAGUGUGACACAGUCAGAUAAGUCUGUGCAGAGCAUUUAAGAGAAAAAAAUUUAAAUCACUGGUGCUUGUUAAGACAUUUUUUUUUAAAGUUUUAUCUUUAUAAUGGUCUAGUGUUUGAAAUUCUUUAAAAGGGUUUAUGAAAUAGAAGCUUAAUAACAAAAAUAAAAAGGUUGUAUUUGUACUUAAUAAUAAUUUGAUUCAAACCACAGCUAAUAAUUUUAAUAAAUUGAUUAAUAUUUUGUCCUGUUAUUUGUUUGACUAAUUGAUAGUCCACGUUCCCUUGUCUUGAGUGCAACAUUUGAUUAUCAUGUCAAACGUAUUAACCUUUGUUUUUUUCUCAAAGGAUUAUUUCACAUCAGGAAAAGAAAGCAUGUUGAAUACAAUUAAUUCCAAUCAAUUACUUUUGAGCUAAUUGUCUACUGGAGUCAUCACCAAACAAAAAAUAUUGUUUGUGUGUCCAGAGCUUCUCCCCUCAGAGAGCAAUUGAACAUAUCAUGUUUGAACUUUAGCUACUGCGACCAGUAAGCUAUUGAAAUGUUUUAAUUUUAGAUACAGGGUUGUUUCUUUUUUUUCAACCAGUAUCUAUUUUGGAUAUUCAUUUAGAAUCAAAUAUGUGAAAAAAAGAAAGUAUUUAAAUUAUUUCUCAUUUAAAUUUUGAAUUAAGAAAGAAAUAGAUGAUUUUUAAAAUGUUCUUUUGAAUGUCUUUUUAAAUGUCUUGUCAAAUUAAAAUUAUAUACAUAUAAAACAAUUUAUAUAUCUUUGCUUUCUUAAUUGCUAUGUCAUCUUUACUUUUGAUUCAAACAAUAAUAAAAAUGAUGUAAUCAGUUUUUUCACAGCUUUAAAGAAGACAAAGUAUUCAAUUGGUUUUAUAAAUGAAUGUGUUAGUGUAAAGCAGAAAUAAAGUGAAGUUUAAAUGUAAUGAAAAUAAAUUGACAUUUUUGUGCAGUAUGAAUUGGAUUCUGGGGACUUUACUAAUACAAAUGUUGUAUGAUAUAAUGACUUUUAGUAUUUAUACCAUUUUCAAAACUAUUAGCUAAAAACAACAAAUAGCACACACGUUUUAUUCUUUACAACACAUUCACACUAUAAUGAGAUCUUUGGUCAAUUGGGUAUAAAUUAUUUACUUCUCUAAAGGUGUUCUACUUCAGCAGCACCAUCUAAAGAUAUUUCAGUCAACAGAUACAAAGUAACAGCUGUAUAUUAUUGAAGAGAUUUGUUGUAAAGAUCUUUCAUUGACUAGUCAUAUAGUAAUUGGAAAUGUUCUAUGGACUAUAACUGCCCACCUCCCCUUUCCCAAAAUAUAUAUAUAUAUACAGAAUGUACUUACAAAACUAUUAUACAGAUCGUAUGGUUUUAUUGACUUGAUAUUUAAUUGUUUUUUGUUUUUUUCUUUUAUUUCAAAGCAAUUAAUUUUUUGGGUUUUUCUUUUUUAAAAGUUACUGUGUGUGUAAUUUGUUCACAAGUGAAUUGUGCAUUGAUUGACACAUUUUCUACAGUAUUAACUUGUUUUGUGCAUUUAAAAAGCAAAAGCUGUUGUAUUUGAUUGGCUCUAUCAAUGCCACCCCCAAACAUUACACAAUGUGUACAGCUUUUUGUGAGUUCACAUUUUUAACAAAUAUUAUGCAAUCAUUUUGUUUUUAUGAAAUAAAAUAAAUGAGAAAGAAUUUUUAAAAAAUAA